UUGGGUAAUGUUAAACAUGGCGGCGUCCUCAUCCUCAGGACGCGUUUUGACUCUUUGCAAGCAGUUUCAGAAUGUCUUUAGGAUAUCUUCAGCGAUAACAGCUCGACACUGCGCUGCUAAUGUGUCCGUGUGUCAGCAGCAGCUUCACAUUUUCAGGGACAAACAUCCGCUUGUCGCUUCAUCAUGGAGCCCCAUCAGCUCUGCAGCUCAGUAUCGAUCUCUGCACACGACGGUCAGCAGGAGAGGACUGGAGGAGUUCUUUGACUCCCCUGAGAACUGGGGAGAAACCACCGUGAAGUCAGGUGCACCGUGGACCGCCAAGCAGCUGAGAACGAAGAGCAACGAGGAUCUACACAAACUGUGGUACGUUCUGCUGAAAGAAAAGAACAUGUUGAUGACACUGGAGCAGGAAGCAAAGAGGCAAAGGGUUCCGAUGCCGAGUCCAGAGAGAGUGAGAAAGGUGGAGCGGUCGAUGAUCAGACUGGAGACGGUGGUGAAGGAGAGAGAAACUGCUCUCCGUCUGCUGCAGACCGGACAGGAAAAAGGCCGACCGGGAGCCUGGAGGAGGAACACGUUUGGAUUCGUCUACUGGUAUCGAUUCAAAGAGUACGCUAUUCCUUGGUACAUGAACAGAAGAUACAAGCGCAAGAAGUUCUACACUCCUGACUUUGUCCAGCCGCAUAUACGGCUGCGUAUCGAGAAGCACAUGAAGGAAAGAACUCGGAAAGCGAACUCAAAGAAGGAAACCCAAGCCAAGCUACAGCAGCGGUUUCCUCACAUGAAAGUUUCCGCGUCGUGAAAUCUCCAGCUCGUGUUUUGUUAAACCGAACGUGAUCUGAAACUGUGUCCAGCUGUUAUUAAAUCCUACAACACCCCAAAA